AUGGACAUGAUGAACCGAGUAUUUCAACCCUAUCUAGAUCAGUUCGUAGUAGUGUUCAUAGACGAUAUUUUAGUGUAUUCAAAAACUGAGGAGGAGCAUGGUGAACAUUUGCAGAUUGUUCUUCAAAUUCUGAGGCAGAAGCAAUUGUACGCAAAAUUCAGCAAGUAUGAGUUUUGGCUGCAAGAGGUGACAUUUCUAUGUCACGUGGUGUCUACCGAGGGGAUUAGGGUUGAUCCUCAAAAAAUUGAAGCCGUAUUGGGUUGGAAACCACCAAAGAUUGUAUCUAAGAUUCGAAGUUUUCUGGGUUUAGCCAGAUAUUACAGACGUUUUGUGGAAGGGUUUUCAGUGAUAGCUGCACUUUUGACAAAGUUGCUGCGUAAAGGGGUGCCGUUUAUUUGGCCCUACUAA